GCAAACACUCCCUUCGUCUCCCCGAAGUCUGUGAUCUGUGCCCUAAACAAUCAUCACUCAAAUUAAGGCAAUCGAACUCCGUGCGAAGUCCUCUCUCACAUGUCAUCCUAGCGUGGCGGUAAUCUCGCUAUCCCCAUGUGGCGCUCAACCACAACCCCACUCUCUCCCUUCUCCCAGAGUGUGACAAUGAGAAUGUCAAGAAGAAAAUGAAAGAAAAGCGUUUACAGUUUCCAUUUUCUUCUCUCUUUUUCUCUGUUUAAGUCCAAAGUCAGAGACCCAUUUUGAAAGUUUCCAUUUUCCUUCCCCAUUUCCCCUUUUCUGUUGCAGAAGUCACAGGGGAAGGGGCAUCCGGUAAAAUCUCUAAAUUCUCUGUGACACUCUCUUAUCCGACAAUGAGGGGUAAAGCGGAUUCGGCAUUAGCAAGAACGGCGGCCGCGGCGGCAGAGCUGAAUCCUCCGCGCAUCACUCUCGAUCACAAGAGGGAUGCUUAUGGGUUUGCAGUGAGGCCCCAGCAUAUACAAAGAUUCCGUGAAUACGCCAAUAUUUACAAGGAAGAAGAGGAGGAGAGGUCUGAAAGGUGGAAAGACUUUCUUGAACGACAAUCGGAUUCUGCCCAGUUGCCCAUAGAUGUUAAAGAUCUUCCUGAUGAGACACUCAAGACAGAACUGGAUUCUGGUUCUCAGAAUGAUAUUGAAAAUUUCACAGACAAAAAAGAGAAAACUCACCAGAUCCAAGUAUGGUGUGAUGUUAGACCAGCACUCCGAGCCAUUGAAGAUAUUAUGAGCAAACGUGUUAAAAAGACAAACAGAGUGAAAAGUGAACUAGAUUCUGGAAUGGCUAAUGAGCAUUCAUCAUCUACUAUUGAAGAGUCUAGAUCUCCUAAAGGAGGAGGGUUUGAAGAGGACUCAGAGGAUGUGUUUUAUGAUCUGGAAAGAUCUGAAUCUCUGGACAGAUCAGACUCAGAUUCUAUACAUGACAUCUCUCUGACUGAGGGUAUUGCUGAAGCUACUUUAUCUCAAGAGUCUUCUUUACCUCAUUGGAAAGAAGAGCUGGAUUGCCUUGUUCAGGGCGGAGUUCCAAUGGCUCUCAGGGGAGAGCUUUGGCAAGCCUUUGUUGGUGUGAAGGCACGUCGAGUGGAGGAAUAUUAUCAAGAUCUUCUUGCUCCAGAAACCAAGCCUGUUGAUAACAUAGAGCAUAAACUUACGGAAUCAGAAGAUGAUAGUGCUGGCUCUGUUUGUACAACUGAGAAGUGGAAAUGCCAGAUUGAAAAGGACUUGCCUCGAACAUUUCCUGGUCAUCCUGCUCUGGAUGAGGAUGGAAGAAAUGCUCUGAGGCGUCUACUUACUGCAUAUGCCCGCCAUAAUCCUUCAGUCGGUUACUGUCAGGCUAUGAAUUUCUUUGCUGGUCUCUUAUUGCUCUUAAUGCCGGAGGAAAAUGCAUUUUGGACUUUGAUGGGCAUCCUAGAUGAUUAUUUUGAUGGCUAUUACUCAGAAGAGAUGAUAGAGUCUCAGGUAGACCAACUUGUUCUUGAAGAACUGGUGCGGGAAAAAUUUCCCAAAUUAGUUAAUCAUCUGGAUUACCUGGGAGUACAGGUGGCAUGGGUAACAGGGCCAUGGUUCCUCUCUAUAUUCAUGAACAUGCUUCCUUGGGAAAGUGUUCUCCGGGUCUGGGAUGUGCUUCUAUUUGAAGGAAAUCGUGUGAUGUUAUUUCGGACAACAUUGGCAUUGAUGGAUCUCUAUGGACCUGCAUUGGUGACAACAAAGGAUGCAGGAGAUGCGGUUACCCUGCUGCAAUCGCUUGCGGGGUCCACAUUCGAUAGCAGUCAGCUUGUUUUGACAGCAUGCAUGGGCUAUCAAAAUGUUACCGAACAUAGAUUACAAGAAUUGAGGAAUAAGCACCGGCCAACUGUCAAUGCCGCACUUGAAGAGAGAUCUAAAGGUUUAAAGGUUUGGAGGGAAUCUCAGAGUCGUCUAGCAUCUAAACUGUAUGGCUUCUCACAAGAUCCUGGCUCUGUGGUGGUGACCAAUAAAAAGGAUAAUAGAGACUCCAACGGAAAUGUGGAUCCUUCAUCAGUUAAUGCUGAUGAGCCAUAUGUGAGCAUGAACAAAAACACGGAGAAGGAUUCUGGUCCAGAUCUUAAAGAACAGGUGGUGUGGUUAAAGGUUGAACUGUGCAAGCUGCUUGAGGAAAAAAGAUCUGCUGAACUAAGGGCUGAGGAACUGGAAACAGCAUUAAUGGAGAUGGUCAAGCAGGAUAACCGUCGGCAAUUAAGUGCAAGGGUCGAGCAAUUAGAGGAAGAUAUUAGAGAACUGAGGCAGGCGCUCGCGGACAAACAAGAACAGGAGAAUGCUAUGCUUCAAGUGUUAAUGCGGGUGGAACAAGAACAAAGGGUAACUGAAGAUGCUCGAAGAUUUGCUGAGCAAGAAGCAGCAGCUCAAAGAAGUGCCACACAAGUCCUUCAGGAAAAGUAUGAAGAAGCUAUGGCGUCCCUCUCAGAGAUGGAGAAAAGGGUGGUCAUGGCCGAAUCCAUGCUGGAGGCUACCUUGCAAUACCAAUCUGGUCAAACCAAAACCCUACCUUCCCCGCGAGCUGGACAGCAAGAUUCUUCACAAAUGCAAUUCAAUCAUCAUGAAGAGAUACCUUCAAGAAAAAUCAGCCUGCUAUCUAGAUGGCGAGACAGGAACAAGGGGAAGAGUAGCUUGGAUGAGGAGCCAGGUGGUGAGGUUAAGGCAGCAAUGAAUGAGAUUGAAAGUCCAAGGAUCCCUCAGGAAGCGAUGAAUGGCCAUCCAGUAGCAGAGCUAGCAUAAGAAAAGCUGGGGCCUGGCCGUGUGUGUUCUGAUGAGAUCUGAUCAAAAUUGUCCCUGUUUUCAUCCCCCAUGCCAGCUAUAAAUCAGUUUAUUUGUUUAAUAGCCCUGAGAAUAAUUCUGCAUAGUUGAAGGGAUAUAUAAUUUAAUACUAUCUAUAAUGGUACCAUACAGUGUGUAUUAUAUAUAGAGCUUAAGAUGGACAGAUGAGUAGAUAUACUUUUGGUUACCCAGUUGUAUAAACCAUUGAUUUAAUUGUAAGUUUGAUUUUGCGGUUCUAAUGUAUAAUUCUUUAUCGAGUAGACAGCCAGACAGGUGUGGAAUGAUGAAAUAAUAAUGUUUGCCAAGUCUCA